AUUUCGUGCCACAGUCUAUCCCUGUCCAGAGUCUGCCACCGAGCGCCGAGACAUGCUUGAUGGAGUCAACACAAGGAUCGAGGAUUUAAACACAGUGAUAACCCAAACCGAGUCCCACCGCCACAGACUGCUGCAUGAGGCAGCAGCCAACUUGUGGUCCUGGGGGAUCAAGGUGAAGAAAAUCAAGGCCAUCUACCACAUCCUGAAUUGCUGUAACAUCGACGUCACCCAGCAGUGCGUCAUUGCAGAGAUCUGGUUCCCAGUGGCUGAUGCUGGCCGAAUAAAAAGAGCUCUCCAUCAGGGGAUGGAGCGCAGUGGCUCUACGAUUGCCCCUAUCCUAACCGCCAUAAACACCAGGAUGGCACCACCCACCUUCAACAGGACCAACAAGUUCACAGCUGGAUUUCAGAACAUUGUGGAUGCAUACGGUGUGGGCAACUACAGGGAGAUGAACCCAGCUCCGUACACUAUCAUUACCUUCCCCUUCUUGUUUGCGGUGAUGUUUGGGGAUUGUGGCCAUGGUGCUGUCAUGCUAGGCUUUGCGCUCUGGAUGGUCAUUAAUGAAAAGAGCCUUCUUGCCCAGAAAAGCACUAACGAGAUCUGGAACACCUUUUUCAGCGGGCGCUACCUGAUCCUGCUCAUGGCCAUAUUCUCCAUGUACACUGGCUUCAUCUACAAUGACUGCUUCUCCAAAUCUUUCAACAUCUUCGGCUCUUCCUGGCAUAUCAUCCCCAUGUUUAAAAAUAGCACUUGGAAUAAGGAUGUGCUUCUGGACAAUGCGGUGCUGCAGUUAGAUCCAGCAGUCCCAGGAGUCUACUCUGGAAAUCCAUAUCCAUUUGGAAUAGAUCCGAUCUGGAAUGUUGCAUCAAACAAGCUGACUUUCCUGAACUCCUACAAAAUGAAGAUGUCGGUUGUGAUAGGGAUUGUGCACAUGAUUUUUGGGGUGAUACUCAGUCUCUUCAACCACAUCUACUUCAAGAAAUACAUAAACAUUAUCCUUCAGUUCAUUCCAGAGAUGAUUUUUAUUCUCUCUCUUUUUGGCUACCUGGUCUUCAUGAUUAUUUUCAAAUGGUGUCAUUUUGAUGUCCACUCAUCCCAGAGCGCACCAAGCAUCCUCAUCCACUUCAUCAAUAUGUUUCUGUUCAAUUACGGUGACACUUCAAAUGCUCCAUUAUAUCUGCAUCAGAGAGAAGUGCAGAGUUUCUUGGUCAUAUUUGCUCUGAUUGCUGUUCCCUGGAUGCUCCUAAUUAAACCUUUCAUCCUCCGAGCCAAUCACCAGAAAACGCAGCGCAUGAUUCAGUCUCAAGUUAUCUCAGGAAACCCUGGAGGUGAAAAUGAGGUAGAUGUCCCAGAGACAAAUCACUCCAAGAAAGCUUCCCAGAGAGACCACAGUGGUGGCCAUGGAGGACAUGAGCAUGAUGAUGAAGAGUUUGAUUUUGGAGACACAUUUGUCCACCAAGCUAUCCAUACCAUUGAGUACUGCCUUGGCUGCAUCUCCAACACAGCAUCCUACUUGCGGCUCUGGGCGCUGAGCUUAGCCCAUGCACAACUAUCAGAGGUCCUUUGGACCAUGGUAAUGCACAAUGGGCUCAGAAACAGCAGCUGGGCAGGACUCAUCAUCAUGUUCAUCAUCUUCGCAGCAUUUGCAGUGCUGACGGUAGCCAUCCUGCUUGUCAUGGAGGGGCUCUCAGCCUUUCUGCACGCCUUGCGUCUGCACUGGGUGGAGUUCCAGAACAAGUUCUACGUGGGAGCUGGGUACAAAUUUUGUCCGUUCUCCUUCAAGCACAUCAUCGAUGGCACCGCAGAAGAGUGA